AUGGAAAAGGACGAAGAUAGAAAGGUGACGAAGAAAGACAACACGGGAAGGUCGAGAAAGGGCUGCAUGAAAGGGAAGGGAGGCCCCGAGAACGCUACGUGCACUUUCAGAGGAGUUAGGCAGAGGACUUGGGGCAAAUGGGUGGCGGAAAUACGCGAGCCCAAACGCGGUGCUAGGCUGUGGCUAGGCACCUUCAACACUUCAACGGAGGCAGCUCUGGCUUAUGACGAUGCGGCCCGGAAGCUGUACGGCUCCUCCGCCAAGCUCAACCUGCCGGACCAAUCCUCAUCCGCCUCCAUGCAAUCGUCUUCGAAAGCGAGUUCAGGUUCGAGCACUAUGACGACCGGUUCUGCUGAUCAAGGGGGUGGUGGUGGUGGUGGUGAGCAUAACAAGCAUGAAACAUAUGCGUGUGAUGUGUAUGGAGGUUGUAAUAAUAGCAAUAGUGGAGAGAAUGAUCGCCUGUGGGAGAGUAAUCCUGUGUUGAGUGCCGACUGGUCUGGAGUUUGUGGGGAGAGGGGGUUCUUGGAGAUGAAUGAUUUAGGAGUUAUGAUGGGUGGAAAUGAACUUGUAAGUUGGGAUGCUUCUUUGGAAGAAGUUCCAUGGAGCACGUAG